AUGGUUUCCUUCAAUUUAAAGACCAUCUUCUUCGCCGCGCUUGUUGCCACCCAGGCCUACGCGGCCCCAUCACCGGCAUCAGACACAACCGAUCAACUUGAGAAACGUCAGUCCAUCGAUACCGCAUUCACUGUUUCCAGAGGUCAAUUUAGAAAAAUCAAUCUCGAAAAUCUGGCAGCUUCGCUUGAUAUCCAGACUUUCUGGAAGCCCUCCAAGGACGCCACGAGCAUCAUCUUUGCACACAAAAACGACAUAGAUUCAAGUAUAGACUCUCCUAGCAAGAGUCGUUACCUAGAAAUCUCCUUCGGCGGUCUUGAUGAUAAAAUUAAGAUUAGCUCUCGAUUUAAUGGCACCUGCAAAGAUCAAAUAAAAACUAGCUUUACUCUUUCUGAAGCUAGCGUCGAAACGAGCUCGACAACGAAAGAGCGAUUGAUCCGUAUGUCGCUGAUGCAAGGAUUCGGUACCUGGAGAAUCUCUUUUUCAACGAACGUUCCGGGCUAUGGAGAAGAACAUACGUACCAGGCGCUCACUUUUAAACCGCAUGCUGAUAUUACAGACGGCGGGAUUAGGCCGAAUUAUAUUUGGUACCAGAAUACCAAAUCCCCUAGUCUAUCUGCAGAGCUUCAGUGCGGUAUUGGCUGGUGGUAA